GGUAAAUUAUCGCGAGAGGAUCCGAUGUUGCCAAUCUGUUCGCCUCUUCUGAUCUCGCGAGAUGAGAACCAGAGCACUUUCUGCGGAGCGGGACGGGGUGGAAGAGAUCGGCGGCGGUUGUGAGGACUGACCUCCAGGACAUCAUGCCUUCCGCGUUCUCCGUCAGCUCUUUCCCCGUCAGCAUCCCCGCGGUGAUCACGCAGACAGACUGGACCGAGCCGUGGCUCCUGGGGCUGGUUGUCUUCCACGUGCUCUGCCUGCUGCUCACCUGCUUCUCAUCCCAGAGGUACAGACUACAGAUUGGCCUCUUCCUGAGCUUAGCAGCCUUAGUCUACUGCGCUGAGUACAUCAAUGAAGUGGCUGCCAGGAACUGGAGGUCAUUUUCCAAAUACCAGUACUUCGACUCCAGGGGGAUGUUCAUUUCCAUCAUGUUCUCGGCGCCACUGCUGCUCAACGCUGUAAUCAUUGUGGUUAUGUGGGUGUGCAAGACUUUGAACCUGAUGACUGAGAUGAAGAAGUUCCAGGAGAUGAGAAAAGAACGCAGGAGGAGGAGAAAGGAAGAAUGAUUCGCAGCAGGUGCUCUGGACCCUGCACUGUUUCUCCUCAACUGUGGUGGUUUUCAGUGCCAAGGUGUGCGUGGCCCAGUCUGAGCUGACUGCAUUACAGGAUGGUCUUUGAUUUUGAUGCCUGGAGCGACAGAACACACCCUGAAGUUGUUCCUUAAACCCAGCGCUGCACCAUUUCUGGUCCUGGUCCCGCCUUGAGUGGGUUUGGGUCCUUCUGGUGGAGCUCUGCACACCCCGUUUCUGGGGCAGAUCAUGUCGUUUAUUCAGCCAGCGCUGGUGACAGGGCCCCCUGGAGACUGACUCGGGAAACUGCAACUCCCCUCCUACUGUGACUCGGUCUACAGCAGGCUCUCAGCCACAGACAGUGUUUUUCUCCAGGGCACUCGUGGCAUGGUGUGUGACACUUUUGCUUGUGCCUGGAGGAGGGGCCCUGGCGCCCCCUGGGAGGGUCAUCUGCUAUGAGAGACGCCUUGCAGCAGAGCAGGAAGAAUGGGUAGAGCAUACUGCGGCUCAGUGGCCAGGUCCACGGCAGGGCCUCUCAGGCAGCUGGGGCCACAUCACUGGUGAGGGUUUUGGGUUAAAUGUUAAAACAGUGGAGCUGUAAAGUCGGCUACAGGGAGGAGAAUAUGUGAGUGAGCCCUCUGAUUUUUCUAGAUGCAAAACUACAAAAGCACUCUGUGUGUGUGUGUGUCCGUCCAUCCGUGUCUGCAUGUGCGUGCACACAUGGUUGUGUGCACAUGUGCUUUCUUUUUUGGAACACAUGUCUAUAUUUUGUUUUCACAAACACUAUUUUUAAAACUUUCUUGUAAAGUUUAUAUUCGCGGCCAAAAUUGCAUUGUAUCAGUUAUCCUCAUAUUUUGUCCCCAUGUUAGGGAAAGUCCUGCAAGCUACAGUUACCAACAGACAGUCUCGUAAUUCAGGUAAUAUGUGGGAGUGAUGCUACUUAAAGAGCUUGCAGGGUUCUGUCUGGGGCCUGGCACACACAGGACCCUUGGUUCCGUCCCCAGCACCACACAUGUGCGCACACACACAGUUUGCGGGUGUGACCUGUCCUGUGUUCAUUCUGUACAGUGAAAGGCUCAAAGAUGAUCUUCUGAUGUAAUUACAUUAGCAAAUGUUUUUACCAUAUAUUGAUAUUUUGUAUAAUCCAAGUCUGUGGUACCCUGUUCACUACUGUUCAAUAAAAUAUAUCUUUGAUGACACA